CCUUGACCCUCCAGACCAUGGACCCAGCAAGUACAACAUAUAGAGUGCAUCAGUGCUCAAAGUGUCCGGGGGGCACAGAGUACUAUUGUGUAUCGUGUCUAUGUGAUCUGUGUCAAAAGUGUAAAGAAAACCAUGUGAAAAACCUCACAACAAUAGACCACAAUGUUGCCACAUACCGUGAUAAAUUCAACUACAUCCCAAAACAAGAACUUUGUGUGAGACAUCCUAGUUAUGUUUAUAUACAGUACUGUGGACCGUGUCAAGUUCCUGUGUGUGAUUCUUGGUUUGGACAUAAAUCUCACAGAUUUCCUGUUUCUCUCUUUCGACAAAGUAAGCACAAGAUUCUUAGCUUACGAGGAGCUUAUAAAACAAAGCGACAACAACACAGAGGAACCAUUCACACCAUCAGAAGUGAGGCUCUCUUUUACAGACCUGUUCUCCUGCCAGGAAUCACAGAUGACAUCAAAACCUGUCGCUCAGAAUUCUCCCGCUAUCAAUCAGAGAUGUUAACAAAGGCCCAGAGACUGAAUAAUCUCAUUGACCUUGUGGUUUAUGAUUUAUUGAACAAUGUGUUUUGUGACUUUGAUUUCAAACACAGAUGUUUAAAACAGAAGAUGGAAACAAACAGACAUAUUGUCAGCCUACAGAGAUAUGUACACAUGUAUGAACAGUCAACAUUCAGUGCGCUGCAAUUCCUCUCUUACAUAAAGACAGCCCUCCCCCAGAUACAUAUUACACUCCACACCAGCCAGCUCUCCAUGACUGAGUCACUCAACAAGGAGGAUGUGAUGGAGUCACUGAGUGCAAUCCAAAUCACAGAGAGAGGAAACCGUUGCGUAGGAAACCAGUGUCUGCUGAAACUGAUGUCUGGUGCUGAGUGCCAUCAAUCUCUCACAGUGACAGGUGUUGAUCGUUGUGAUCACAUUUCCUGUGUGACAUCAGACCGGGUCUGGGUCAGUGAUGAUAGAAACAAUCUCAUCUUGACAGACACAACAUGUGCCCCUCUACAUCGUGUGGAGGAUUCAUUCAGUGGUGAUGAUAGAGGAUUACACACAGUGAACAGUGAGAGUGAACUGAUUUAUAUAGAUAGGAAACAUAACAUCAACAAACUGUCAAAGGAUAUGAAAACAACCACCACAUUUAUAGAGAGAACAGACUCUACAUGGAUACCACGGUGUGUGUACUGGUCCCCAUCCACUAGGGAUCUACUGGUCGGGUACAUGCAUAAUCUAUUGACAGGCAAGAUAUCUCGGUACAACCAGAGUGGACAACUCACACAGAUCAUACAGAACGACAACACAGGACUUGGACUGUAUAGACAGCCUCGCUAUAUAACAGAGAACAACAAUGGGGAUGUCGUGGUGUCUGACUAUAACUAUAUCUCUAUAUCUGGUGCUGUAGUGGUGACAGAGCGUGGAGGAAGACAUCGUUUCUCCUACACAGGACCUCCAUCAGGAUCAGGACUAGAUCCAUGUGGAAUCUGUACUGACGUGCUGUCACACAUCCUGGUGUGUGAUGAUACAACCGACACAGUACAGAUGUUAGACAGGAACGGUCAGUUCCUGUCACAUCUACUGAUAAGACCAUCAGGGAUAUUCUCACCACGGAGCCUGAGUUAUGAUGUCAACACUCACCGUCUCUGGGUCGGAUCAGAUGACAAAAACACGGUGGUUAUAUACAGGUAUAUCACCAGACAGGACGCUCUGACAGACACUGCUGUUAAACUCCACACCAGCCGGCAUUCCAUGACUGAGUCACUCAACAAGGAGGAUGUGAUGGAGUCACUGAGUGCAAUCCAAAUCACAGAGAGAGGAAACCGAUGCGUAGGAAACCAGUGUCUGCUGAAACUGACGUCUGGUGCUGAGUUCCAUCAAUCUCUCACACUGACAGGUGUUGAUCGUUGUGAUCACAUUUCCUGUGUGACAUCAGACCGGGUCUGGGUCAGUGAUUAUAACCAUCUCAUCUUGACAGACACAACAGGUGUCCCUCUACAUCGUGUGGAGGAUUCAUGUCUUGGUUAUGGAUUAUACACAGUGAACAGUGAGAGUGAACUGAUUUAUAUAGAUAGGAAAUAUAACAUCAACAAACUGUCAAAGGAUAUGAAAACAACUACCACAUGUAUAAAGACAACAGACUCUACAUGGAUACCACGGUGUGUGUACUGGUCCCCGUCCACUGGGGAUCUACUGGUCGGGAUGUGGAACUUAAGGAUAGCGACAUGCAAGGUAACCCGAUACAACCAGAGUGGACAACUCAUACAGACCAUACAGAACGACAACACAGGUCUGGGACUGUAUAGACAUCCUCACUAUAUAACAGAGAACAACAAUGGGGAUGUCGUGGUGUCUGACUAUAGUGCUGUAGUGGUGACGUCGACAGAGCGUGGAGGAAGACAUCGUUUCUCCUACACAGGACAUCCAUCAGGAUCAGGACUAGAUCCACAUGGAAUCUGUACUGACCCGCUGUCACACAUCCUGGUGUGUGAUGGUAGGACCAACACAGUGCAGAUGUUGGACAGUGACGGUCAGUUCCUGUCACAUCUACUGACAGAAUCAGAAGAGAUGGGUGAACCACGGAGCCUGAGUUAUGAUGUUAACACUCACCGUCUCUGGGUCGGAUCACAGGACAACAAGGUGUGCGUCUACAGUUAUAUAGAUACACAGGACGCUCUAACAGAUGAGGAUACACACUCAAGAUAUGAGGGUACACACUCAACUGAUGAGGAUGUCUUGUCCAGCUGAACACCAGCCGUAUAAUGGAGAUAGCUUGGAUAUUGACAGGUGAGCCAAUUUUAUGUCCAUGCCUUGUGGUGGAGUAACUGCAGCUCGACUUGUUACAAAGAAAAAAGAAAUAUUCAUAUCACUUCUAUUCUAGCUGACUUGCACCGACUUCCAGUAAAAUUCCUUCCUACAUACAAAACCCUUGUGUACCCAUCUAGAAUUGCGUGGAUUGGCUCACGGACAAGAACUCAUUACUAUCCGUAAAAUAAACCGAACCCUACGAUCCAACGGAAGCUUGCUACAUAAUAUAUCGAGGGUGUGUACUUAAAAGACAAUUUAUCCAUGGUGAUCAUCCCCA